AUGAAGGAUGUUUUUGACAUGAGCAAAUGGCAUAAGUCUACAGGCAUCUUCCGAAGCCCUCCACUAAAAGAUCUGCUAAGGCCCAACAGCCUCCCAGCAGUUACUGUACACGAGAAACGAGACGUACUAGUCCGCAAUCUUCUCCAGAACUCGGCAGAGGCAGGAGACAUACCUCUGGACUCCCCAACAGUCCCUUCCACUAGUCUCUACUUCCCAGAUAUAUCGAUGCUACAAGUGGAGGAGUCAGUACUUCAGGCAGGAAACACAGCCCCUGGCGCAGAUGAAAUCCCAACCUGCAUACUCAAAGUAGCCUGGCCUCUGAUCAAAGAUAAGGUACUAAUGCUAUAUCAAGGGUGCCUAAAGAUUGGUUAUCAUCCUAAAUGCUUUCGACACGCAAUCUUAGCAAUCAUCCAGAAACCAAAAAAGACUGAUUGGUCUUCACCUAGAUUAUACAGACCAAUCGCUCUCCUAUCAGUACUUGGCAAAGGACUGGAGCGCUUGGUGGCACGGAAUAUGGCAUGGAUCUCUAUACACCAUAAAGUAUUAGCAAGGCAACAAUUUGGGGCUCUCCCACUAAGAUCUGCAACUGACCUGACCACAUGCCUAACACAUGAUGUUGAACAAGCGCUAAAUCAAGGCAUGACUGCCUCACUCCUUACCCUAGAUGUCAAAGGCGCCUUUGAUUCCGUACUUCCCGGCAGACUGAUCCGCAGACUACGCGAGCAGGGCUGGCCUACCAAUCUCGUUCUCUGGAUUGCCUCCUUCGCUACUGGAAGAUCAGUUCAGAUCCGACUCGAUGGAGAGAUCAGCCCCUCAACAGACAUUACCUGCGGUCUUCCACAAGGAUCCCCAGUAUCUGGCAUUCUUUUCAUGCUCUACAUAGCGCCUCUAUUCCGUCUAGGAAACCCAAGGAACAGAUUUGGUUACGCGGACGACGCAGCCAACCUGGCGAUCUCAACUUCUCUUACUACUAAUUGCGAAGCCUUAUCAGACUCACUUCAAGAAGCUCUUAAUUGGGGCGCUGCAGAGGGCAUUACAUUUGCACUAGAUAAAUACGAGCUUCUUCACUUCUCCCGACAUAAAGCAGACCAGGACCCAACCCGCACACCUUCAGUGAAAGCUGGAUCUAUUACAAUAUCAGAAAACACUAAACGGCUAUAUCUACGAUGGCUAGGAAUCCUCUUUGACAAAAAGCUAACGUUCAAAUGGCACGUUAGAGAAACAGCAUCUAAAGCCCUCACUGUGGCCAACGCUCUUCGCUCUCUAGGGAAUACUGUUCGAGGAGUCAAACCUGAUUUACUACAGCAGGCUGUAUCAGCCUGUGUACUCCAUAAAGCAUACUAUGGCGCAGAAACCUGGUGGCCAGGACGUACUCGCCCUGGACCUUCCCAGAUUUCAAACCGAGUUGGAGAACAUCUUGAGAAACUAACUAAAGUAAUACUAACAGGCGCAAGAGCAGUCCUUCCAGUCUUCCGCACAACCCCAAAGCCAGUCCUUUAUCGAGAGUCUGGAUUCUCUCCACCAGAAAUCGAACUAGAUCGAAUAGCCCUCCUUGCAACUGUCCGCCUACGGCGCCUCGACCCUUAUCACCCACUUCGAAGACGCGCAGAACAGAUCGCUAGUAACGGCCGACAAACCAGCCGAUUUGCCCGCCGUACACUGGCCCUCCCAAACUCUGAACAGAUAAACCCUCUCCAAUACGCUCCCUGGCACCCUCGCGAGCCUCGUGGGAAUGCUCAAGCUCGAAUAGGAGCUCCCAUGGGACGCACUAAGGAACAGGCAGCGGCUAAUUUCAUGGCUUUUCAACGAUCUUCCCAAGAAAUCUUUGAAUCCUUCCGCACCCUUGCAGCCGCCUGGCCAUUUCGCAAAAGGCUUCCUCACACUAAAAGCGGAUCUAUCCAAAUCCGAUGGGUCCCUGGACACGCUAAAAUCCCUGAGAACGAAGCGGCUGAUCUCGCUGCCAAAGAGGGAGCUGCCUCAAUCCCUCCUGCUCCUCACAAAUCCUCAUACGCCUCGCUAAAGAGAUACGCCAAGACUCAAUCCCUAUCCGCUGCUCAGUCACAAUGGGAGAAGGUGGCUAUUGCGGCCCAUACUGGUCAUGGAGACUUUGCAGACUACCAUGAACGCUUCAACCAUGAUGAUGCUUAUCUUCUCUGCCAAUGCGGAGCACGAAAAGCACCUCUGCACUUCUUCUUCUGUCAUAUAGCUAAGAGACGAGCCCCUCGGCCUCCUGGGCCCCCUUCUGAGGUCAUCUCUUUUCUCUUAGGCACUGCUAAAGGAGCACAAAAGCUAGCCACAUGGCUAGCAGAGACUCACUUCUAUGAGGAUAUCUGCCCUCGCUAA